AUGCUCAAUUCUAUCCUUGCUUGGAUCAUGAAGACGGAUUUUGCUAUACGGCUGAUUGAGAAGUGGAGCUUCGAUUAUAUCAAGAUGGUUUGUGCCGGAGAGCAAUGCUAUGGAGUGUUAGCAGUUCAUCGUAUUUGUUUUGCAUUGGCAUUGUUCCAUCUCAUAUUGAGCUCUCUUUUGAUUGGUGUAAAGGAUACGAAAGACAAACGUGCCGCCAUACAGAACGGUUGGUGGGGCCCUAAAGUACUAGUCUGGCUUAUCCUUGUGGGAAUCAGUUUCGCCAUUCCUAAUGGCUUCUUUAUGUUUUGGGGAAAUUAUGUUGCUCUCAUCGGUGCAUCAAUAUUCAUUCUCGUUGGUCUUGUGCUCCUUGUUGAUUUCGCACACUCCUGGUCCGAAACCUGCCUCGAAAAUUGGGAAAACUCAUCAUCCAACUUCUGGCAAUGGGUCUUAAUUGGAUCAACGGCCGCAAUGUACUCGUUCACUAUCACACUGACCGGUCUCCUAUACGCAUACUUUGCGGGAUCUGGAUGUACCCUCAAUCAAUUCUUCAUAUCAUUCAACCUCGCCUUGUGUAUUCUCAUCACCCUCAUGAGCGUCCAUCCUGCUGUUCAAGAGCGUAAUCCCCGUUCAGGACUCGCACAAUCAUCCAUGGUCGCUGCGUAUUGCACAUACUUGAUCGUAUCUGCUGUCAGCAACCAUGUGCAUGAAACCAAGCAGUGCAAUCCUCUCCGAGAUGGAAAGAAAACUCAGAAGGCGGUCCUCAUCUUGGGUGGUCUCUUCACUUUCCUGGCGAUUGCAUAUUCAACAUCUAGAGCCGCAACUCAAAGUACGGUUCUGGUCGGAAAGGGCAAGAAAGGCCGCAUUCAUUUAAGUGAAGAUGAGGGUCAUUCGGAACUGGGCGUCGUAACGCAGCAACCUGGACGCACCGAAUCUCCACGGUAUCAAGCUUUGCUGGCAGCGGUUGAGGCUGGUGCAAUUCCUGCCUCCGCGCUCCAGGAAGAGGACGACGACGACGAUGAGGACGAAGUCGUCGGUGAAUCUAGAGAUGAUGAACGUACGGGAACACGAUAUAAUUAUUCGUGGUUUCAUGUCAUUUUUUCGAUUGCAGCAAUGUAUGUUGCUAUGCUACUGACUGACUGGAACAUCGUCUCAAAGAGCCCUAUAUCUGGGCCUGUUGAUCCUGACUUCGAUGUUUACAUUGGGCGUUCGGAAGUAGCUAUGUGGAUGAGAGUAGUUUCAGGAUGGGUUUGCAUCUUCCUGUAUAUUUGGAGUCUUUUGGCGCCAGUUCUUUUACCUGACAGGUUCGGCGAUUAA